CCAAUCGCGUCGCGACGAUCCGCAUCAGUGGAACGAAAGGAUACUGAUAACACGUUGCGUGUUUUUUGUCGCUCUUCUUCUCGUCGAUUUUGAUUUUGUAUUCCCCCGAUUUUUUUCUGCAAAUUUGCCGGGAAGCUUCGAUCGCUCGUGAAGUUUCUCGUUGUUACCUCAGUUCAGUGUACUCACAUUCUUGGUUUCGAAUUUUUCGCGCCCACGUGGGUUGCUUUGGUGAUAGUGUGUGUGUGUGUGGUACGACCGAGUUCUGGAUUCCGCCUGUUUAUUGGAAUUUCCACAUUGAACAAUUGGAUACUAGGAAUUUAUUAAAAUGAAUUCCAUCUCAGGCUUAUCUGUUCUGAAAAAGCCUUUCUCCUGGAAGUUUACCAAGUACCAUCGAUUUCAGAAGAAAAUAAAGCUGCAAAUCAAACAGAAAGAGGACGAGGUCUCGGUGAAGGAUGCGCUGAACAUGAGCUGGGAGGACGAGCCGGAGAGCUACACGGUGCUGGAAGUGGGCACACCGCCCGACUCGGGGAUCCACGAGCCGUGCCCGCAGUUCUGCUGGGACUUCGACAGGAAGCGCAAAAAGCAGAAGAGGCCGCCAAACGCCAAGAGGGCCGACGACUCCGAGGUGGACAGCGACCUGGGCAGCGAGACGGAGGAGGACGGCUUGUACAGCACGGUUGCCGAGGACGCCAGGCGCAGCUCCCAGUAUUGGUCCUUGCCCGGCGCUCUUGGAACGGUCCCUUUGUACGAGAACGCAUCGAAGAAAAAGGCCACGAAGCACUUCUACGAGAACUACCGGCUCUCCUCAUCCCUGAGCAGCUCGGACGAGGACGAGACAGCAACGGGCUCUAGCGGAGAGAACGAGGAACUCGAGCACAUCUACGACUACGUAGAAAACGUCCACGAGGGAGGCAGUCCACUGGGCAAAUCUUACCCGGUCAACGUCUUCUUGAGCCUCAUUGAAGGGGCUGACAACACUAUCAGCCCGGAUCCGAACAUAUACGAGGUGCCCCCCGGCGCCAUCUUGAAUUUAGCCGGGUCGCCCCCCGACAACCACUCCAUGCACAACAUAACACCCCCUAACGGGUUCAAGGACACCCUCACCUGGGGUCGCCGCCACGAGUUAAGUUCCCUCCCGGUCGACGCUCUGUAUUCGUCCGUCGUCAAGCCCAAGAGGAAGAAAGUGAAGAAAAGGCCCGGGCUCGACGUGCUUAAGAAUCUCACCGCGCAAGAAGACGUCGAGGCACACACAGCGACACCUCCUGGUGAAGAAGUCAAAGAAAAGACAGAGACUACCAAUGAGGUACAAGAGGUUGAGUCCUCAGAAGUGAACUCAAAGAACGAGUCCUUGCAACUGGAUCCUAAGAAGGAAGAGGAUGCGAAGGUGACUCCUGAGGUAGCCCUAGAGGAGCUGACUGAAGUUGCACUUCUUGCAAAAAGCUCAGUGACUAGCAACAACGAGAAGGUCAAAAAAGAAGAAGUAACGAGGGUAGCUGAAGUGAGGACGGAGUCUGAAGUGGAAAAGGCCACAAAAGAAUUGAGAAAUGCUGUAGGGAAAAUCGGAAGGUCCAGGAGACAGAACGAUGCUGCUGAAUCCUCUGCUGAGGUCGAAAAAGUAACCACUGAGGUGACUGUUGCCGAGAAUAAGGCUGCAAAACCAGGGUGCCGGGCGGAGAAAAAGACGAAAGAGAGACCGGCGAGAAAACCCAAGCCUGCGAUCAAACCAGAAAGCACUGAUAAAGAGGCACCGAUGUUGCCAGAAGCUCCGGCAAAAACAGAAAUUGGCAAGGCUGUAGACUCAAAACAGUCUUUCAAAGAAGAAAAUGCAGAAUUAAGCAGUGAAACACGAGGUGGGAAAAAUGAAGCAUCGGCUACUGAUGAAAGUAAAAUAAAGAAAAGUGAACCGCACAAAGAGGCUUUGAUCAAAUCAAAGGAAGUCACAGCCGAAAAUCAUGAAAGUUCAGAAAAGCAGAGUAAGUCACCGCAGAACAACAUUAAAUCAGAUACUAACGAAAGGGCCAAGAAAUCAGAUGGAUCCCAGGGCACUUUAAGACGGAAGAAAGGAAAAGCCAAACAUGCACCGACCGUCAAGUCUCCUGAAGAGACAGCGUCUUCACCUGCGGGAGACUCGUGUCCCCCGGAGAGUAACUCAAAACCAACCUCCGUUAACAAGAAAAAACAGAAUAAAAACUCCCGACCAGAUCCUAAAGAAAAAAUGAAAGGUUCGAAAGCUCCCGCUAAGAGUGACAGGCCCAAAGCUGAGGAUUGUGACGCAGGGAGUCGACCUCCAAUAAUCCCGAUUCUGAAGAAGGUUGUCAACGAAAAACAAACUCCAAGUCAAGAGAGAUACCUCAAACGGCAGAUAAGUCAUUCUCCGUUGGAAACCAUCGACCAAAGCGAUGAGAAAGGUAAAGCGAACAAACUAAUUACGCCGCCGGAAGUACCCGCAAACAAGACUGAAAAUAACGAUCAGGUCGGCAAAACCCCUCAAAAUUCAACGUGUGAGCCAAAAGAGAAGUUAAACACCGAGAUUAAAUUUUGCGGGAAGGACGAGACAUCAAAAACGUCAGAGCUUGAUGACACAUCGCGUUUGGUUAGCGAGGAGGAGACAGACCAGACGAUGCUCACAAGUUUCUCUGAGAAUCUUCAGCAAAAUACUCCCAUCGCCAUUGAAAUUUCUGACGACGGCACCUGGGGAUCAGCCGAUCCGAAUUCUACCUCUGAAAAAGCGGAGACGGAAAGCUCAGAAAAGUGCGAGGAACUCAAAAGUUCAGACUUCCUAAACGCAAAUCUGUCUGCCGAGGACAUAAAAAUGCAGCAUGUAUUGUCCGAGUAUGGGAACUCCUAUUUCAUUCAAACCGCCAACAAACCUGUUGAGAAGAAAAGUUCUCAACCAGCUGGCGCCACUAAUCAUGUUGGGAACAAAGGCAAAGUUAAAAGCUCUGCGCCGGCUCAAAGAUGCAGCCUUAGAGACGAGCUCAAACGCUUUGUGAGAGAGUCUGAGAUGGCUGCUCAGAGAGCUUUGGAAGCUGAGACGGAACUUCCGAAAGAGCAGCGACCGGAAAAGAUUGUUGGAUCCGAGGUGACUCCGCAAGAAAUUCAUAAAUUUGAGUCAGGCACGGAAACGGAAGAUGCUGAAAUUUUGGCAAAGGGAAGGAAGGGCGUUCUUGAAAAGACGAUGGUACGCGCUAAGAAGAGGGACAGCUGGAUCAAAGGUGAAGAUGUCACUUUAAGCACUGAUAAAGAGCGAAGAAUCGAUGAUUGGCUUUCAACUGGGGCGCAGCAGUUAAGCCUGCCCGCCAAACUGCCAGAGGAAAUCUACGACCUUGCCAUGGAUCCUAAUCUCUCUCUUUUAAUCACAAAAGAAGGUGAAGAUGUCACUUUAAGCACUGAUAAAGAGCGAAGAAUCGACGAUUGGCUUUCAACUGGGGCGCAGCAGUUAAGUCUGCCCGCUAAACUACCAGAGGAAAUCUACGACCUUGCCAUGGAUCCUAAUAUCUCUCUCUUGAUCACAAAAGAAGGUAAGACAAUUGUGAGCAUGUAA